GCAGCACGACAACCUGUAACUUCAGUUACGUUUUCAUUCUCGAACCUGUCGGACGUUGUUGAAGAAGUGCUGGUGCAGUAACGGUUGAGAGAAUUCGCUGCUGUUGACGGCUAUUGUGGCGGUUAGUGCGCGUUCGUGUGUGUGUGUAGUGUGAGACUGGCAUUGUGUAGUAGUAGUGAGUGAUGUUGGUUUUGUGCAAUGGCAGUGAGCAAGCGUACAGUAUGAAAUGGAUGUAUAGUGAUUUGGGCCAGUGCGAAUGAAAUGGCCACAAACGGAAAGGUGUAAAUUUAAUAAAUGAAAAAGCAAAUACUACGAAAAUUUUCAGUAUCUACGAGUAAAGUAAAUGAAUAGUUAGCUAAUUUAUAAAAAGAUAAUUUAAUUGGAAUGUGAGGAAUGUUAUUAAAAGAAUAAUUAGAGAAAAAAAGUAAUUGUUAUUCGGAAAACGAAGAAGAGUGUGUAAAUAUUAAUACACGGAGUAUGUAAUGAACUGCUAGUAAAAAAAAAAAAUUCUCAUAGACGUCCGGCAGUCAUUCAUUUAACGAAUUCGCUGCCACUUUUUGCUGUUGUACGAGGCGAAAUAUGUUUUAAAACCAAGUUAAAAGGCAGCAGCAAUAACAACAAGAGCUUAUUGGAAAACCACUACAAUAAAAACAAACCAGUUUACAGUGCCUUCUCAAUGCAUGAGCUGAUUUAAUUGUACGUACACAAAGUAUGUAAGAGAGUAAAUAUUGAAUUUUCAACUAUUUUGUACGUCGCGCAUAAAUAAUUUUUAUGUGAAUUUAAAUUUAUCACCACUGUGGUAUUUAACAAGUGUUGUUAAAAUUUGUUUGUUACUUCUGGUUUUUGACACAUUCAUUUUUCUUUUAUAAGACUGUUAUUUGUGUGAUGCCUUUGUGCGCUCAUUUGCUCAUUUCAAUCGACGUAUUGGAAAAAAAGUUGAAACAAAAGAAUACAAAAUAAUAUACAGAGGAAUAAAAGCAGCUCAACAAUAUCAACCGCUAUCACCGUAGUUAACGAGAAAUAGUAAAAUUAAAUUUAAAAAAAGGCAACAACAAAGAGUGCAUAAUGCGUUUAAAACGAAAAAUCACAAUCAACGCAAUCGGAAUGCACACUUCAAGCAACAGCAAUAGCAGCAACAACAACAGCAACAGUGCUGCGCCGCUGUUAGGGGCGUCAGCAAUGCCGCUAUCAACUACAACAACAUUGCUUACAAGAAAAAUGCAAACGGAAAGUGUCCAGCAACAAUGUGGAAAAAGUGUUACGCAUCAACGAAGCAGUAGAGCCAGUAGAGCGCAGCAGCAGCGGCAGCAGCAUAUGACUUGUGCAGUGGUAGCAGCUGCAGCGCAAACGCAACUCGCGGCACCCUCCUUCCGCCUCACAGCAUCCUUCACACCGCGUUGCCUGAUGCUGGUACUGCUACUCUGUCUCUCACACGCUUUAGAUUUAAUCCAAACAGUGCACGCCAGCCCAUCUGGUGUUACCAGUACAGAGGCAUAUUUUAAUGGUUCUGCCUACCUGCGAUUGCUCACGCCGAUGCCAAUUUGGGAUCAUUCGGCCAUAAGUUUUCGUUCCUGUCGCGGCGGCGAAAUUUUAGCUCAACAAUAUAAUAAGAACUCAUUCGUCAUCACUGUGCUGAAUGAUUUUCUGCAAGUCUCGUUGGCUGGUCCGGCGGUGAUUGGCCCGAACAACCGAUUGGAUGUGAAGCUUCCAUACCAUUUACUUGAUAAUCAUUGGCACACGUUACAAUUCAAGUACGAGUAUGGCAAUCUUUAUUUGUACAUCGAUCGCACGUCUAUGGUUUUUGCCAAUUCAACUUAUAACAGCCAAUUUCUGACCAAUCAAGAUAUUGGUAAUGAAGCGGCUAUUUUAAUAUUGGGCAACUCAUUCAGCGGCUGCUUACAAGACGGCCCCGGAUUACUGUUCAUCAAUGGCUCUGUGCAAAAUGUCGUUUAUGGGCCGUGCCCGCUAGCAACCGGUCCCUGCGGUGAUCACGAUACACUUGUGGCCGGCCAAGAUAACUAUUGCUCAAAUGAUCCCUGUAUGAGUCAUGGCCAAUGUAUUUCACUAAAUGAUGGUUACGAGUGCCACUGUACCGCCCGUUAUUCGGGUAAGAACUGUCAGAUCGACAGUGGAUCGCCGUGUGCGCGUAAUCCCUGCUCGAAUGGCGGUAACUGCGUAGAGGAUGCACGCGGCGACUAUCAAUGUCAAUGCACACCGAAUUACACUGGUAAAAAUUGUGAAAAGGAAAUCAAUGUGCACCCUGUAUGUCUCACGAAUCCUUGCCUAAACAAUGGUGCUUGCAUUGUAGCGCCUGGUACUUCAAAAAUCGAAUGCGAGUGUGCUAAAGGUUAUAAGGGUGCGCGCUGUGAGACCGAUGUAGACGAUUGCGCUUCACAACCUUGCCUGAAUAACGGCCGUUGUCUGGAUUUAGUGGAUGGCUUCACUUGUGAUUGCCGUGACACUGGUUUCACGGGUCAAAUCUGUCAGACGAACAUCGACGAGUGCGAAGGCAGCCCGUGCAAACAUGGCGGACGCUGUUACGACCGCUAUGGCUGGUUUAUAUGCCAAUGUCCGGAUGGCUGGGCUGGUGAGACCUGUGAGGAUGCAACUAGCUGCAAGACGCAACAGUGUCUCAAUGGUGGCACCUGUGUGAACAAGACUAUCGGCUUCUAUUGUCAAUGUGCGCCAGGCUAUAGCGGUGAGCUCUGUCAGCAAAACCCGCCGUGUCCGCAGUGUCCCAUCGAUUCGGAGUGCAUAUCUGGGAAGUGCGUGUGUAAGCCAGGCACAACGGGCCCCAUUGGCCAUUGUCUACCAAUACCAACAACACCACCACCUAUAUUGGUGACAAGUAAUACAACUACAGCAACCACAGCAACAACAACAACAACAACUGCUACUGCAGCACAAUUGACAGCAAUUGCGGCUACCACAGCUACAACAACAAAAACGGCAACAGCAACAACAAUUAGUCCGCUAUUGUCCAAUGUGCAGCAAUCACGCCCGGCUCAAUUGAAUGCAUGCCCCCCCGAAAAUUGCUUGAACGGUGGUACUUGUAGUGGAAAUGCUUCAAAUUUUACUUGUUUAUGUGCUAGUGGAUACACAGGUUACAAUUGCGAACUGGCCACCAACGAUGGCCCGACAAGCGUGCCAUUGACCGCUGGUGGUGCCGGCGUUGGGGGUGCCAACACUAUCGGCACAAUUGUCAACUGUCUUAAUGGCGGCAAAUGUCUGAAUGGCGGCACCUGUUCAAUGAAUGGCACACAUUGCUAUUGCCCCAGUGGAUUUUCAGGUGAUCGUUGUGAGAAGGCCGAACCCUGUACUGCGGUGAAUUGCCAAGAGCCAAUGGUGUGCCAGCUGAACAAGUGUGUUUGUCCGGAGAAUAAAAUCUGCACGCCGUGCUCGGCCCAACCUUGCCGCAAUGGUGGACUUUGUACCGAUCUGCCCAAUGGCGAGUACACAUGCAGCUGUCCGUCCGGCUGGACGGGUCGCACCUGCACCAAAGAUGUCGAUGAGUGUGUUUUGGAUCCGAAUAUAUGCGGUAAUGGUAUUUGCAAGAAUGAAGAGGGCUCAUACAAGUGCUAUUGCACACCAGGUUUUACGGGUAAACACUGUGACUCCGAUGUGGAUGAGUGUUUGAGUCAUCCCUGUCAGAAUGGUGCGACUUGCAACAAUAAGAUCAACGCAUACGAAUGUGUGUGCCAACCGGGUUACACGGGCAUCAAUUGCGAAGUCGACAUCAACGAAUGCGAUAGUAAUCCCUGCGCGAAAGGCUCCACAUGCAUCGACAUGAUCAACAAUUUCACCUGUUCCUGUAUACCCGGCAUGACGGGUCGUUUUUGCGAGAACGAUAUCGAUGAUUGCAUUUCGGCGCCAUGCCAACACGGCGGACAUUGCAUAGAUGAACUGGGUGGCUUCCGUUGUGAUUGUGCCAACACUGGCUAUGAGGGACAACUCUGCGAACUGAAUAUCGAUGAAUGUGAAUCGUAUCCAUGUUUAAAUGGCGCUGCUUGCAUAGACGAUAUAAACGAUUACCGAUGCAAAUGUUAUGCAGGCUAUACGGGCAAGAAUUGUGAAACUGAUAUUAAUGAAUGCGAAAGUAAUCCAUGUUUGUAUAACGGCAAUUGCUUGGAACGUUCCAAUAUAACAUUAUAUACCUUGAGUCAAACAAUGGAGCUGCCGGAGUUCUUUAGUCGACCGUUCUCCUAUCAGAAUGCCAGUGGAUAUGAAUGCGUUUGUGUGCCGGGUAUUAUGGGCAAGAAUUGUGAGAUCAAUAUUAAUGAAUGCGAAACGAAUCCGUGUGGAAAGCAUGGCACCUGUAAUGAUGGCAUCGGUACAUAUACCUGCGAAUGCGAUCCGGGUUUCGAGGGACGGCAUUGCGAUGUAAACAUCGACGAGUGCGACAGGUAUCAACCCUGUGGCACACAUGGCACCUGUUUCGACGAGAUCAACGACUACACUUGCGACUGCGAUGCCAAUUAUGGCGGUAAGAACUGUUCCGUACCCUUGAUAGGUUGCUUGAGUGCUCCUUGCCAGAAUGGAGGCUACUGCAAACCGUAUUUGGUGAAUGAAACCGAACAUCUAUUCAACUGCACCUGUCAACAUGGUUUCCAGGGGAACAUUUGUGAAAAGACCACAACUAUUUCUAUGGUUGUGAGCAGUCUGAUAACGGUGAAGACCCAACGUGAAGAAGGUUAUGAUAUCAAUUUACAGUUCAAAACCACACUACCCAAUGGUGUACUCGCUUUUGGCACUUCGAUUGGUCACAACGAACCCGUUAGCUAUAUAUUAGAAUUGAUUAAUGGUCGCCUGAAUUUACACUCUUCACUGCUCAACAAAUGGGAGGGUGUGUUCAUCGGUUCCAAAUUAAAUGAUAGUAAUUGGCAUAAAGUAUUUGUGGCUAUCAAUACUUCGCAUUUGGUACUCUCUGCCAACGAUGAGCAGGCCAUCUUUCCCGUGGGCUCAUAUGAGACAGCAAAUGGUAGUCAACCUUCAUUUCCGCUCACCUAUUUGGGUGGUACAAUACCCAAUUUGAAAUCUUAUUUACGUCAUCUGCCUCAUCGACCGUCGAGUUUCGUGGGCUGCAUGCAAGAUAUUGUCGUCAAUGGCAAGUGGAUUUUCCCCGACGAACAAGGCACCGAAAAGGAUACAAAGUUAACGAACAUACAGGCCGGUUGUCCACGCAGCGAGCAAUGUGUACCAAAUCCCUGUCAUUCGAAUGGCGCUUGCACGGAUCUGUGGCAUACAUUCUCGUGUACAUGCCAACGUCCGCAUUUCGGGCACACCUGUAAAUACAAUAUAACCGCCGCCACAUUUGGUCAUGAGAAUACCACACAUUCUGCUGUUGUUGUGGAAACAAACGAUGCUGCUCGUCGCGCCAUUCGUUCCAUAUUAGAUAUCUCCAUGUUUAUACGCACACGUGAGCCAACUGGGCAAGUGUUCUAUUUGGGCAGUGAUCCGAAGAAGCCGAGUGUUAAGACUGACAUCGGCGAAUCCUAUGUAGCUGCCGAGCUGCAUGGCGGCGAACUGUUGGUCAAAAUGCAAUUUAAUGGCACGCCAGAAGCCUACACAGUUGGCGGCAAUAAACUCGACAAUGGCUACAAUCAUCUCAUCGAAGUGGUGCGCAAUCAGACGCUCGUCCAGGUCAAGCUCAAUGGCACUGAAUACUUCCGUAAAACACUCUCCUCCACGGGUUUGCUCGAUGCACAGGUGCUCUAUCUCGGUGGGCCACCAGUUGGCGAGCAAACUCAAGCGCCAACAACAACUGGCACAGAUACGGCGCUGGUAACGCCUGAGGAGAAUACACCAACCAAUGAAAUUGAUGAAAAGGACUAUUUUAAAGGUAUCAUACAGGAUGUGAAAGUAAGCAAUGGCUCGCAUACUAUGAUCGUAGAGCUAUAUCCAUUGAAUGAAGAUGACUUACUGCUGCCGCCACCCUUCGGUGUAGUCACUAUCGAUCGCACUUCGGUGCUGAAAGGUGAGGUUACUGACGAUUUGUGUCGCAAGAAUCCCUGUAAACACAAUGCCGAUUGUCGCAAUACAUGGAAUGAUUAUGUGUGUACUUGUCCGAAUGGUUAUAAGGGAAAGAAUUGUCAAGAGAUCGAGUUUUGUCAGUUAGUCACUUGUCCAGGCAACAGUAAAUGUCAGAACCUUGACGAUGGCUAUGAAUGUUUGACGAACAUCACUUUCAAAGGCAACGAGAAGAACCCACUGGCAUUCACUUACUUCGUAGAGCAACCGCCGGAGGAGCCGAAAAUGUUGGUGAAACCGGUAAUUGAGAUUGCAUACCGAACACGCGCGGGUGGCACAUUAUUCUACAUAGAGAAUGGUGAGAGCUUCUUUGAAAUUGGUGUGAAUCAAGGACAAGUUACGGUCACUUGGCGACUGAGUCAAGAGCCAUUCGGCGACACCAAGCGCUUCACCAAGGAUACAUCUGAUCCCAGCUAUAUGGAGAUGAUGAAUGAGCCAGGCUGGAACCGCAUAUAUUUACGCGCACAAAGUGGUAAACUUGAGGGCGGCUGGAAGGGUUGGGAGAGUAUGGUAGAUCCUUCGCCGGCCUUCUCUGCUGACAUUGAUCAACUUGCCUUCCAAGAGCUACUCUCAAGCGAUACACCAGUCUACCUCGGCGGCAUGCCCACUGAUAGCCGGCAGGCGCGUGGCAGCAGCUCAGCACAGCAGGGCUCACAGUUCAAGGGUUGUUUGGGUGAGGCGCGCGUUGGCGACCUAUUGUUGCCAUAUUUCUCCAAUGCUGAAAUGUAUCCGCACACUGAGAACGUAUCCGUGCAGCCACAGUCACAAUUCCGACUCAACUCAACCAAACCGGAUGAGGGUUGUGUGCUCUGCUUCAAUACGGACUGUAAGAAUGGUGGCUAUUGUAGUUCACCAUCAGAGCAGUACGCCUGCAAGUGUCUAGCUGGCUAUGAGGGGGACGAUUGCUCGAUUGAUAUUGAUGAAUGUUUGGGGGCAACUUGUAAAAAUAAUGCCACUUGUAUUGAUAAGGUGGCAGACUUCCAGUGUCGCUGCUUGCCGGGCUAUGAUGGACGCUUCUGUGAGCACAACAUUGACGAGUGUGCCUCGCAGCCAUGUCAUAAUGGUGGCACUUGCACGGAUCUAAUUGCGGCCUUCCACUGUGACUGUACAGAGGACUAUGCGGGCGUACAGUGUGAUUUGUUGAAACAGGUGACCUGUGAGAAUUUACCAUGCCGCAAUGGAUCGACGUGCGAGGAUGGAUUGAAUGUCAACACCAGCAACAAUUUCACCUGCCUUUGUAUGGCCGGUUUCGAAGGUCCCUAUUGUGAUGUGCCCUUCUGUGAGACGACACCAUGUCAAAAUGGCGGUCUUUGCAUUCUAUCGGAUCCAUUCACCCCACUGUGUCAGUGCAGUCUAGGCUACACCGGCCGCUUUUGUGAGAUGGACAUCAAUGAGUGUGAUCCUAAUCCCUGCCUCAACAAUGGCGAAUGUCACGAUCUGAUCGGUAGUUAUCAAUGCAACUGCACCAAUACCGGCUUCGAGGGCAAUAACUGCGACAUCGAUAUCGAUGAGUGCGCAUCGGGUAUUGAGUAUUGUGGCGGUUUGGGACGUUGUAUCAAUUUACUAGGCUCAUUCAAGUGCAUCUGUCAGGACAACUUCUGUGGCGUCUACUGCAACUUAACCGAUCCGUGCAAGAACGGGCGAUCACCGUGCAUGAAUGGCGGCACUUGUGAGGAGGCAUGCGGCGAUGAGGUGGACUACUCAUGCAAUUGCACGGCCGGUUAUGAGGGCAAGGACUGUGCCCUAGUGAUGGCCGCCAAGGAUGAGGGUCCCUCCACCGCCGACAUUGCCAUCAUUGUGAUACCUGUGGUAGUGGUGCUAUUGCUCAUUGGUGCUGCGCUGCUGGGCACCUUCUUGGUAAUGGCACGCAAUAAGCGUGCGACGCGCGGCACCUACAGUCCCAGCGCGCAAGAAUACUGCAAUCCGCGACUGGAGAUGGAUAAUGUGCUAAAACCGCCGCCAGAGGAGAGGCUUAUUUAGUCGCAGUAACCGAUCGACUAUGCGAAUGUGAAUAAGUGAAGCAAGAUAUUUUGCUACAUUUUUAACUAGUUAAUGUUGACUUGACACGAACGAGAACAAAAAAUGAAAAAUAAGGGAAAAAACACAGUUUUCUUGUUAUGGACUUAAAUGUCUUUAUCCGCCCAUUAAUUGUAGUUAUAGUCAAUAGUUAAGUGUGUAAGUUAAGCAUUCUGAAAUGGGGCUCAUGAAGAAAGUGUAGAUGGAAAUUCGCGCUUACGAUUUUUUCAACUACGCGCGCGAGUUUUAAAAAUAAAACUCGCGAAAUAAAAAAAUAAAACUCGCGAAUCGAAAAACAUUUAACUCUUGGGCGUAUUGAGAAUAUAUUGUACUUUCUCAUAAAAAACCACUAAGAAACUCUUAAGAAGUAGUCCAAAAUAAAAAUAUGUCUUAUAAAGAAUAAUUCAAAAUUACAAGAAACAGCCAGUUUUGUGAAACACAAGCGAAUACUUAGAAUUUUUGUAAUAAUUAGGAAACGGCGAACUUUAGUUAUUAGGUUUAAAUGGAACAGCAUUACAUAUUUAUAUAAAUAUGUAGGAAGUGAAGUAUGUUAUACUCAACGAUGUACGUACACACUUAUGUGCUCAGUUUAAGCUCAGCAUAGGUAUUUAACUACAGUGAAACCUUGAUAUAACUAUGAAAAAUUCUUUAUAAAUUUACACACCGUUUGCUUUUUGCCUUAAAAGGGUCUGGUUGUUUAGAAGUUUUUCAAUCGCUAAAGCUCUAUAUAUUAUAUAUAAAGAAAAAAUUUUAAGCAUGAAAGUGGCAUUGAAAUGUUGAUUCUAAAAUCUUUAUUUAUUAAAUUGAUAAUAAAUUUUAAGCAAACUCUAAUAUCCCAUUGUCAAACCCUAAAAUUCCCAAAAAUAGCUAAAUGGUCACUCAAUGGCCUCUAAUUAACUAAUCCGUACCACAAAUACCACAACUUAUUUUUCAGAACACUGCUUUAACUGUACUUUGAAAUCGCUAAUAGAUUUGUUACUGGAGAAUGUAAUUUCUUCAAUGCAUUAAUCAAAGAUUUUAUUUAUGUUCAAUUAUCAAAAAUGUGAAGACGACAUGGGAAAAUGUUUCCAAAACUAAUACGAGGGGUGCCUUUUAUAUGUCGGGAUUAGAGAACAAAAACAAAUUUUAAUCAUCGAAAAUCACUAUUGUUUUUCAAAAUAUUUUCCAUGAAGAUGUAUACACUUUUGCAUGCGUUUGAACCAAUUGUCGAAGCACUUUUGCCACUCUGAAUGAGGUACCUCCAAAACAUCCAUUCUGAAUUCAGGUGUCGAAAAACGUAGACCUCUCAGUUUGUUUUUACGUACGGGAAUAAAAAGAAGUCAUUCGGUGCCAAGUCUGGACUAUACGGUGGAUGACCCAUUAAUUCGAUCUCUUUGGUGCUCAAAAAUGCAGUUGUUUGAGCCGAUGUGUGAGCGCUCGCAUUGUCCUGGUGAAGAGUGAUUCGUCUUUGGCGAUUGGUUUUCCUAAUUUCUUGGAAGACAAAAGGCAAACAAAUGGUUGUGUACCACUCAGAAUUUACUGUUCUGCGUUGUUCUAGUGGUACGGUUGCGACAUGUCCAGUUUUUCCGAAAAAACAGGCGACCAUUUGCUUGGAAGUGCUUCGUGCGCGAACAUCUUUUGUUGGAUUUGGCUCAUCUUGAAACACCCAUACAGUCGACUGCUGUUUACUUUCGGGCUCAUACGCGUAAAUCCAUGAUUCAUCACCUGUCACGAUGUCAAAGACGUGUUUCGAAGCCCCGCGAUCGUAUUUUUUGAGCAUUUCCUUCGACCAAUCGACAUGAGCUUUUUUUUGAGCGAAUGACAAAUUGAGUGGGAUCCACCGCGAACAAAUUUGUUUGACAGUCAAAUGUUUAUGCAAUAUUGAAUGUGUGCUGGUCCCACUAAUGCCUAAGAUUGUCUCAAUCUCACGAUAGGUCACAUGACGAUCUUGCAAUAUCAGUUCGCGCACAGCAUCAAUGGUUUUCGGAACAACAACUGAUUUUGGACGACCUUCACGAAAUUCCUCUUGGAGUGAACUACGACCACGAUUGAAUUCAUCAUACCAUCGAUAAUCCACGUCGAAAGUUGUAAAAAAUAGUCGCACGAAAAUGUUCACGAUUUAAUUCCAUUUUUGGACCGAGAUGAAUCUUUUAAGUUACUGUAAACAACACAAAUAGCGGUGGUAUUUCAAAACUUUCUGAGUACGUAAAAGCAAAAGAAUGUUAAACUUUGUGAUACAGAUGUCAGUUGCCAGAUUGCAAAACCAGGGUUGCCAAAUCCCGACAUAUAAAAGGCACCCCUCGUACAUAUCUAAAGUCUUCCUCUUCUCCUUCUUCUUCUUGAUUGGCACGAUAAGCGCUUUAGCGAGUUUAAUAAAGCACAGCAGUAGUUUCUUUCUCAUGCUACACGGCGCCAGUGGGACACACCAAAUGAAGCCAAGUGCUUAUCCACUUGAUCUUUCCAACGCAGAGGAGGUCUACCUACCUCUUCCUCUGCUACCACCAGCUGGUACUGCAUCAAAUACUUUCAGAGCCGGAACGUUUGUAUCCAUUCGGACGACAUGACCCAGGCAACGAAGCCGCUGGAUCCUUAUUCGCU